AUGGGCAGCCCUGGGCUCAAACGGAAAUCGGAGCAUGUCUCCGCCCCAGAUUCGAAAAAGCCCAAAGGCGGCAGCAUUACUGCUUUCUUCGGAGCUCCAAAGCCCAAACCUCCAAGCACACAAUCGACUAAUGGGACCCCGGCUGCAGCCCCACGACAAAGCACUUUCAACAAGGACAAAUGGGUAGCGUCAUUGACGCCCGAACAAAAAGAGCUCCUGCAAUUGGAGAUCGAUACUUUGGAUGACAGCUGGCUAGCUCAUUUGAAGGAUGAGGUCGUGACCACAGAGUUCCUUAACUUGAAGCGAUUUCUCAAAAAGGAGAAGGACACUAAUGUCAAGGUCUUCCCACCAGAGGAAGACAUCUACUCCUGGUCCCGCCACACGCCUUUGCACACCGUCAAAGUGGUCAUUAUUGGCCAGGAUCCCUAUCACAAUCAUAACCAAGCCCAUGGCUUGUGCUUCUCCGUCCGAGCCCCUGUUCGAGCCCCCCCAUCGCUGGUCAAUAUCUACAAAGGCAUCAAAGUCGACUAUCCUGACUUUGAAGCACCACCUGAUAAAGGUGGGCUUCUCACGCCUUGGGCCGAGCGUGGCAUUUUAAUGCUCAACACAUGCCUUACUGUUCGUGCCCACCAAGCCAACAGUCAUUCCAACAAGGGAUGGGAGAGGUUCACACAGAAAAUCAUUGAUCUUGUUGCUCGGGUUCGAACUAAUGGGGUAGUUUUCCUUGCUUGGGGGAGACCUGCUGGAAUGCGAGUCGCCAAAGUCAACAAAGAGAAGCAUUGUAUCUUACAAUCCGUGCAUCCCAGUCCGCUGAGUGCGCACCAUGGCUUUUUCCAAAACGGACAUUUCAAGAAAUGCAAUGAUUGGCUUGCUACUCGGUAUGGUGAAGACGGAAUCAUUGACUGGAGCUUAGUACCGACCAAAAAAGUCUCCUUGGCUCCAACUUGUAAUUCAGACAAGGAGAAUUCGGCCACCUUGGUUAACAAGACUGCCGCCGAGCCUCAGUCUGCAAAAGUUGAGGUCAAGGCUAAACCGGCUCAGGUUGAUGAAUUUGACGAUGAUGAUGCCAUCGAGGCUAUGGUUGCAGCUGAAGCAGAUUGUCCUGCCUCAGAUCCGGUUUAG